AUUUCGCCAAAAGCCUUUAUCAUUUCCAUGUUUAGUUAUGAGCAGGAUAUAUGGUUUGAGCCACUCAAGUUGACCAAAAAUAUCACAGUUCCUGGCUUGUCUCCCAUCUAUCCUCAAGUACAUUGCACUGCAGAUUAUUCUAUCUGUCAAAUGACCACAGGCGAAGGCGAAAUCAAUGCUGCAGUUUCAGCUACGGCACUGACUUUUUCACCCCUCUUUGACCUCCGCAAAACAUAUUUUAUGAUUGCGGGUAUUGCUGGUAUCAACCCGUAUGUCUCCACUAUUGGUGCAGUAACAUUUGGUCGCUUUGCUGUCCAGCUGGAGUUAGAGUAUGAAUUUGAUGCUCGUGAGAUGCCGUCCAAUUUCUCUACUGGGCUGUGGGCAUUGGGCACUACUGCCCCUGGACUUUACCCUACUUCAAUUUACGGCACGGAAGUUUUUGAGCUAAAUGUCAAUCUUCGAGACAAGGCCAUGAAGCUCGCUCAUGGAGUAAAGCUUAAUGACAGUGACACCGCUGCUGCCUACCGCAAACAAUACAAUUAUUCUCCAGCAAAUCAAUACCCCACCAUUGUGGCGUGCGAUACAGGUUCCAGCAACGCCUACUGGUCUGGAGAACUGCUCGGCGAAAGCUUUGGUAACUUCACCAAACUCCUCACCAGUGGAAAGGGUACAUACUGCGCUACCGCUCAAGAAGAUAACGCAACUUUGGAGGCUAUGUUAAGAGCUCAUUUGGCAAAGAGAAUGGACUUUGCUCGAGUUGUUCUCUUACGAUCCGCUUCUGACUUUGAUCGUCCACCACCCGGCGAGUCGCCCUUAUUUAACCUCGUGUAUGCUGAUCAAGGGUCGUUUGGAAUCUCUUUGGAGAACAUUGUUAUUGCUGGUUCGCCCUUCAUCAAGGAUGUCGUUAAGAAUUGGCAUGAAUACGAGAGCGGUAUUGCACCUAGUAAUUAUAUUGGAGAUAUCUGGGGAAGUUUGGGAGGAAAGCCUGAUUUUGGCCCAUAAUAAACUGCACGGCUUGUUCUUUCUUAUUACUGUGAAC